GGUUACGGCUGGAAAAUCGGGAAAGAAUGUUCAAGCGGAAGACAUCAACUUUUAUCAUACUGGUUCUGACAAAUUUUGCAACAAACGUGCUGUGUAUUGGACAUCCAUCUUCUAACUUGGGAGAAUAUGGCGGUCAAAACAUUCCACCGAAACCUUACGCCUUCAAUUACCACGUUGCCGAUGACCAUGGAAAUGUGCAAUUCAGAAGAGAGCAGGCGGACUCAUCUGGAAUAGUGAGUGGUUCCUACGGCUACAUGAACAUCAACGGAUUGUAUAGAACUGUCGAUUAUAUCUCAGAUAAAACCGGAUUUAAGGCACAGGUCAAGACCAACGAGCCUGGAGUCGGAACCGGACCAGGUCCGGCUGAUGUAGAAAUCAAAGCUAAGCCUGUUCCUGCUGGACUUCAGGAUAUGUACCAGAGAAAUCCCAUGCCAUCUUUGCCAUCCGGCUACCCUGGAAAAAAGGGUUGA